UGGCGGCGGCAGGAUGAAGCCACAGGAAGACAGGUCGGUGCUGGGCAGCCCCGCGGUGGCCGUGGCGUUCUCGGGAGCUGUGUGCCGGGGCAGCGGCUACCGCUUCGCCUGCGAGCUCCUGAAGCACGUCCUGCACCAGCGGAACCAGCUCCCGCUCCCCUACGAGCAGCUCUCCUACUUCUGCCGGCGGGCGGCCCAGGACGAAGAUGGAACUGACAAACCACUCUCCCUGGGCCUGGCAAGCAGAAAGUGCCAGCAGCUGCUGAUGGAGCUGGAGGGAUUGUUCCAACACCUGGAAAUCAUAUUUAGUCUGACGCUGGUUCCUCGAGUUCUUUUCCUACUUGGAGGCAAUGUUAUGAACCCCAAGGAGCUUUAUGAGCUGAACUUGGAGGGGUUCUGCGAGGGGGCAGCUGAAGAGAGCCUCCAGACUGCGCCCUGUGUUCGCCAGCUCUUCCACCGACUGUUUGUUGCUGAUGUCUUCAGUGAACUUAAGGCUCUCCCUAUCACAGGCACUCUUGUCCUGGUCCAGGGACACCGUGACUGUGGUGUUGAGUGGUUCCGGCCCAAGCUCAACUACCGAGUGCCGACCCGAGGGAGGAAGCUGACUGUUAAGGUGUCCUGUGAUGGAGACCUCCGUGUUAGUGCCUCACCUCCACAGCACACAGCAUCUGCUUGGGAGGACUAUAUCUGGUUCCAAGCACCAGUGACCCUCAAAGGCUUUAGUGAAUGAGUUGUUUAUGUAGAAAUUUUGUUGGAAUAUUCAUUACUGGGUUUUUUUAGGUGUUAAUUUUAGCAAAUGUAACCAUGUCUUUUUGAACCAUGUCUGUCUGAAUGUAUUUUUCUUCAUGGUGUUUGCUGCCUUCCUGUAGCUUGCUGUGCUCAUCUAUUGUCCUUAUUUCCUUAGUUGUUGUUGAAGGCAAAUCCAUUUUAAAGCACAGUUGCACACAGGUCCAGUGAUUCUUUAGGGACCUGAUCUGUGGCAUGGAAUGAAUUUGUGUUGGGAAUAAAACUCCCUUGCUGUGUGCUUGCUGAACUGGUAAAUGCUGGAUGCAUACAAUCUCCUCCUGAGUUUUAAUAUGACUAUUUUCUGACCCUGCCUUUGCUGUGUUACCCCUAGGCUAUCUUAGGUAAAGUUGCUUCCCGCAAAAUAACAAUAAAAUAGCAAGAAAACCAAAGGGCAUAACUGAAGCAGGACACAGAAGUAAUAUUGUUGCAGAAGAGGUAUUUAUUUCCAGCUAGUAAUGAAUAUGGGAGGAUGAAGGCAGCUCCUCAGCAAAGGGCUGGAGCCUGCCAGGGCUGUCAUGGAGCUGGGUGGAGCUGCUUUCAGGGGCCCCCCUGGCAACCUGGCCUCAGCAGUUGUGGUGUGGGCCCUUCCUGAGUACCCAAGUGCUUGCCCAUCUACUUGAUAAAAUUACACUUCCCCAUAACUCACUUUCUGUUCUUUAACAUUCCAAAACUUCCAAAAAUUUUCUAUCAACUGAAAAAUCUUGUAGUUAGUGCUGUCCUGGAGAUUGAAAGAGACGGGUACAGUGGAGGCAGGGUAGCAAUAAGCAAUUAAUUUUUAUUUUUUACUGAUCUUUGCCUAACAGCCCUGGCAAUUGGUUAGAUAUAAGAUUAAAAGUGUAUUAUAAGCAGUUAUAUUAAAAGUAUAAUUAUAUAUAUUAAAAGUAUAUUAUAAGUAGAUUAUAAGCAGUUUCUAUGCUAAGCCUCUUCAGAGAAAGUUGAGUGCUGACCCAAUAAUGAAAGAUUAUUCCCACUUGAGGAAGAAACUUAGACUUAAAUGUUUCUGAAAUGUGUAGAAGUUGGGGGAAUGCGAUCAAGUUUAGCACUAUCUUUACUUUCCAAGUUCCUGUUCUUAGUCAGAUUGUAUCACUUAGAAACAGAACUUAAGCCUGUUUUUCUGGGCUAGUGUCUGCUACAGGACAGGGAGAGAAGCUCUGGGAGCACUGUGUUAGAACUAAAUAUGUGCUGGAGUUGUCCUCAGUCAGUUGGACAAGUAUAUGUGCCAUAAUGAGCUUUCAGUAGCUUCAAAUAACUCCAUCCCAUUUGAAGAGAAAUGUGAGCCUACUGGUCAUGAGACUACUUGCUGUUACUAGUCAAAAAUGCACAGUGGGAUGGUGAAAAUCCUUUGCUGAAGAGGAUAAAGGUUGAAGUAACCCUCACACUCGGUGCAUUUUUUGACCUUUGGAAUGGAAUGACGAUAGAAGUAGUAGGAACUUAAUUUGAUAUUUUUGAGCUUGAACACUAGAGUGCUCUUUCUGCUGUAGUAUCCAUUAAUAUGUUUACAAUGUUCAGUAGCUGCCUCUUAAGCUUGUUCCAGGGAAAAACUUAGAGUGAAGAAAGCUGCCUUAUGUGCAGCUGCCCACUUGAAUAUGAAAUCUCAGGUCUCUUGAAGAAAAUAUAACUCGAAUGCAGGAGUGUUUAUGCUCAGGAGAUCAAAACCCUUUUGCUUCCACCAAGGCUGCUUGUAACACAUAUUUAAGAA